CACACUAAUGAUUCCGCCCAUUCUCCCUUGACAGCCAAACAGAGUCAUUGCGCUCCUCAACCCCUCAACAUUGUACAUGUAACAUGUACUAUCUUCAGAGUUUACUGUUAAAUCUCCGGUGACAUUAACAACGCGCCUGUGUUCUCGAGAAUACAUCCGAACAAGUACGCGUCUCGGGUUCCGCUUGGUUCGGUGUUGUGAAGAUGGGGAUACGCGGAGUUUUGAUUUGCGCUUUUAUAGCGUCUUUAACGUCGCUAAGUGACGGAAGUUUGGACUGCGAUGAGGUGCGUAAAGUUUUUCAACUGAAGCAAAUCGGACCCGUGAAAUCGGUACCUGAAACGCCGCGUACAGGUUCAGACCUCCAAGUUUGUGUGUCCAAGAAUCUGACAUGCUGCACCAAGAAGAUGGAGGAGCGCUACCAAGUGGCGGCACGCCAGGACAUCCAGAACCUUCUCCAGAUAUCCAGCUCUAGUCUGAAGUAUCUGAUCUCACGUAAUGUGGCUGCUUUUCAGGAAACUGUCGAGUCUCUUGUGCGACAGGCGGAGAACCACACCCAUACCAUCCUCCUGCACACCUAUGGUGACCUGGCCAAUCACGCGGCGGCCCCCAUCGGCGAGUUUUUCACAGACGUCAGUCUCUUCGCCUUGGGUUCUGAGCUCAGUUUGGAAGAAGCCUCGCAGGGCUUUUUCGAAGCCCUUUUUCCCCUCGUUUACGAACGUCUGGUCGAACCCGGUCUCUCUCGUCUGUCCCCCGCGUAUGCAGAAUGCGUCCGAGGGGCCUGUCGGGACCUGGCGCCGUUCGCAGGGGCCCCCGGGCGCCUCGCCGCACAGAUUUCCCGUGCCUCCCUCCCCGGCCGCCUCUUUCUUCAGGCUCUCCAUUUGGGCGUGGAGGUCAUCAAUACUACGGAUCAUUUUCAGAUUGGCCGUGAAUGCAGACGGGCUCUGCUGCGGAUGAAUUACUGCCCGCACUGCCAGGGCCUGACCGCCAGCAAGCCGUGCAUGGGCUACUGUCUCAAUGUGGUCAGAGGAUGUCUCGCAAGCCUGGCCGAGGUGGAUUCGCAUUGGAGAGAGUUUGUGCGAUCGCUAGAGGCCCUCUCGGCUCGCAUGCACGGGGGACAGGACCUGGAGCAGGUGCUUUUGGGAACACACGGGUUGGUUAGAGACGCAGUGGCCCAUGCUCAGAAAAAUGGACCUCGGCUUUCUGCACAGGUGCACAAGGUGUGCGGUCAUCCGAGUAGACAGCCGGAGCAGGUGGGCAGCGUUCAGCAUCCAACCAGCAGCCGAGACUCCAUCCCUCUUAAAGGACUCAUCAGAUACACAGAGGAAACGCUCAGUAAAUUAAGAAAGGAGUUUAUCAACCGUCUGCGUCUUUACCGUACGUUUUAUGGUGGUCUGUCAGAUCAGCUGUGCGUCAGUGAGUUGUCUUCUGCAGAUGGACUGUCCUGCUGGAAUGGUGCUGAUGUUGGGAAAAGCUACACUCUCCGGGUCGUUGGCAAUGGGAUUAAAGCUCAGGCGGAAAACCCGGAAGUCAAAGUGAAGGAGGUGGAUCCCGUGAUCAAUCAAGUCAUUGAUAAACUGAAGCACAUCAAUCAGCUGUUGCAGGGAAGGUCUAUUCCAAAAUUGGGAACGCUGGACCAGAUCGAGACUGGAAGUGGAGACGGAUACAGCGGAGACUGUGAUGACGAGGACGGAUGCUGGGGGUCCGGUAACGGAGCUACAGAGAGGAGAAGAACAGUCACUUUAUUGACUCCUGAAAAGUCGAACAAUCACAGAUACCAUCACACACAAACAGAAGACUUUGAUCGGCAGAAUUCAGGCGCAAGAGUCAUUCAGACUUUCUUACCAACUUUCCUCUUGAUAUGUGCUUUUGCACUGUUAUCAGGCUAACUUGGACCAACUGGGAUUUUCCCAGGCCAAAGAUUGUUUUUAUUAUGGAAAUUUUCCAGAUUUAAACAGUGGAGUUUUGACGUGCCAGUCGUCGUCAUCUCGCUGAAAUUACGUCUGAAACGAAACUGCAAUGAUAUUGAUGGCAUAGAGGACUGUGAGAAAAAUGAACUCGAAAACAUGUCUUUUCAUAAAAAAAAUAUAUUUCAAAGUGUUUCUAUGCUAAACGUUAACAGGCUACUAAAAAAUCAGGCGAAUGUUUUAUUGCCAUGAAUAAUGUGCAGGGUUGAAAAUAAGUAACACUUUUCUGAGAAAAAAAUAUUUAAUGCUUUAAUAAUGUAUGAUAUAUUCAAAGCAUAUUUUAGGACUGAAAUGAACGUAAAUAGCGCACUUCAUAUCAGCGUUUUAAAUGGAACGAUGCAAUAUUUCUGAUGUCACGUACUGCUUUUGAAAUUCUUGGUACCAUGUACCAAAAUGACCUCUGUUUUUGUUUUUAUUCAUUUUUUAUGUUUUUAAUGUACUUUUGGGGCGGUUUCCAGGAUGGGGUUUAGAUUAAUCCAGAUCUUAGUUAUAUUAGACAUUUAAACCACACCUUACUGUUAUGCAACUUGAGAUAAAACAAUGACAAUGAUCAAUUUUAGGAUAUGCAAGUGCAAGCUGAUUUCAGUUAGGACAUCUUAAACAAGCAAUUUAGUCUUGGACUAGACUUAAGCCCUUUCCAGGAAACCGCCCCAUAAUCUAAAUUUGCGUACAACGCACCUUAACAAAAUGUAUAGAGAUGUGUUGAUUUACGGUGUAUUUAUUCUUGGUUACAAAGUGACAUUAAACAUAUAAUGAAACUAAAUGUCCCACACACAUGAAGUCAAAUUACAUUAUCUAGCGUUUUUCUUAGGGCUGUAACGAUUAUUCGCGUGUCCCGUUAAAAAUGCUGAACUCGAUGUCUGAAAUCGAUUCUGAAUCGCAAGGCUGCGAUUCUAUGUUUCACGCACAGCUUGUGUGUGUACUAUGGCAUUUGGUCAGUAGGAAGUCCUUAUCAAUCUAGAAUCAUUAUGAGUCGGAGUCGUUUGCUUUUAAAAAAGUGACACUCGUUAAACAAAAUCAUUCAAAAUAUUCUUUAUUAUCAUGAAAAUACCUAAAACAAUUUUAAAGAACAGCGCUAUAAAUAUUCCUGUAGACAUUUCCUGGAAUAGCGUUUGUAAUGAUACUUCUUCUGUGGCACAAAGGGAGUUUCUGCACGAGAGCGCCCCCUGGCUUUGGGAUGUUCUUGGAUUUCACCGUAAUUCAUUCAAAUUUAUUCAUUGAGAAAACGCGCAUUUGCAUGAUUAAUCAUUACAGCCCUAGUUUUUAUAACUGUACAAAUAGUUUUUUUUAGUAGCAAGACACUUUUCACAAGAAGGUUAAGUGGAUUUCUACAUACAGUAUGAGGAGCUCAGAUGCAAAAGCCGCUAAAUGCCACUUCUGUCAAAAAUGAGAUAAUGAUCAAAUGAAUGCUCUUGGCACGUAUUAUAUGUUCACCAAAAACUGUUGCUUCAA